CCAGAGACAAUCAUAUUUCAUAACAGAAAGGGAGUGCCUCAGUGAAUUGUGGGGAAAAUGGAGAGUGAGCCAACUCGGAUAAUGAUCGCAGUGAACGAGUCGAGCAUCAAGGGCUAUCCACACCCCUCUAUUAGCAGCAAGCGCGCCUUCGAAUGGACUCUUCAGAAGAUCGUUCGCUCCAACACCUCUGCCUUCAAGCUCCUCUUCCUUCACGUCCAUGUCCCCGACGAAGACGGUUUUGAUGACAUGGAUAGCAUUUAUGCAUCCCCUGAAGAUUUCAAAAACUUGGAGCGCAGGGACAAGGCAAGAGGGCUUCAAUUGUUGGAGCACUUUGUGAAGAGUUCUCAUGAAUUUGGGGUUUCUUGUGGAGCAUGGAUAAAGAAAGGUGAUCCCAAGGAAGUCAUAUGCCAUGAGGUCAAACGAAUCCAGCCAGAUUUACUGGUUGUGGGUUGCAGGGGUCUUGGACCUUUUCAGAGGGUUUUUGUUGGAACUGUGAGUGAAUUCUGUGUGAAGCAUGCUGAAUGCCCUGUCAUCACCAUCAAACGCAGGCCAGAUGAAAUUCCUCAGGACCCAGUUGAUGACUGAUUGUUUUGGAACUUUUAACCUGCAGAAGACACAGAAUGGUGCAUGAGGAACGCUCUAAGGUGUAUACGACAUUCAGACUGAGUUUGUUAAGUUGGUUGUUCUACUUCUUUAUAGCUCAAGCUUGUGGAGCACAUGUUGUUCGUUUGUUUUGCUUUUGAAAAAUUUAAGAUACUUGUCUAAUGAUAUUAGGAAAAAUGGAGAUGUUAUAUUGCAAGCUGUGUGAGAGCAAUGAGCAGAAGCUUCGCUCGUAUAAAUACAGCAUCCAUACAAAAAAUGAUAGAAAAUGCAGCGAAAGCAGGAGGCUUAACACAUCUUCUGCUUGACAAAAACUAUCCAUUCUCUUUAACAUUACAUGUAAUGCUUAGACUUUUAUACUGC